AAAGUGCAACUACGAAACAUUUUUGUGAUAGCUUCUUUGUGAAUGUGUCACUGUUCUUGAUUUGCAGACGCCUUAUAAUUUAGGCCUUCUUUUGUUUUGGGUUGGCAGUUCCAACUGUUAAAGCUCUUGUCUGAUUAUGUGGGACUCCUUAUUUUAAUGGGAGCAGCUUCUUUGCUGCAUUUUUAAAAAAUAGUCUCGGAAGCUUCUUACUGUGGAUCUUUGUUGAGGACAAAGAAUUAUUUAUGCCAAAGGAAAAUGUAUUCUCCACUGAAUUAGCUCGUGGGAAGCAUAACAAGCUCAUUAGUAAUGCUCAAUUGUACUUUGGCCUUUUGCUAUGGUAGAGAGAAGGAAAAAUGACAUCAAAAAGGACAUUCUGCUGUCCUUUGCUUUCCCGCAAAGAAAACGUGAUGUAAUAUUAGACUUUUCAGUUAGAUUUAGCUCAAGUUCAACUUUGGUACCAGAAGAAAUGUUCCUGAAAGGAAAGUCGUAUGUGUAGUUGAUACUGUGCAUGAGAAAAGCAGUUUCAUUUCAAUAUAGAUGAUCAUGCAACCUGCAACUCAAGUAUGGUUUGGAGAAGACCUGCCUCUAAGUCCACGGAGUCCUCUGACCCCCAGACAUGGGCCAGGUUUGGCUGAUGUUUGUCAGUAUGAUGAGUGGAUAGCUGUGAGGCAUGAAGCCACCCUGUUGCCCAUGCAAGAAGAUCUGUCGAUCUGGCUAUCUGGUUUAUUAGGUAUUGAAGUUAAGGCAGAAAGAUUAUUGGAAGAACUUGAUAAUGGAGUACUACUAUGCCAACUGAUUGAUGUUCUUCAAAGCAUGGUGAAAACUUUUGAGUCUGGAGAACCCAGGGAUUUUCCAAUGGGAAAAGUGCCUUGUAAGAAAGAUGCUGCCUCAGGUUCAUUCUUUGCUAGAGAUAAUACUGCGAACUUCCUUUACUGGUGCAGGCACGUUGGGGUUGAUGAGACUUACCUCUUUGAAUCCGAAGGUCUAGUUUUGCACAAAGAUCCAAGACAGGUGUAUCUUUGUCUUCUUGAAAUUGGUCGAAUUGUGUCGAGAUAUGGGGUUGAGCCACCAGUAUUAGUAAAACUUGAGAAAGAAAUCGAACUAGAAGAGACCUUACUUAAUACUUCUGGGCCCGAAGAUUCCAUUAGCAUUCCGAAAUCGUGCUGUCAGCAUGAGGAGCUACAUGAGGCUGUUAAACAUAUUGCUGAAGACCCCCCCUGUAGUUGUUCCCAUCGAUUCUCUAUUGAGUACUUAUCUGAAGGACGGUACCGACUUGGGGAUAAAAUACUCUUUAUAAGAAUGCUUCAUGGAAAACAUGUCAUGGUCCGUGUUGGUGGAGGCUGGGAUACUCUUCAAGGAUUUUUGCUUAAAUAUGAUCCCUGUCGAAUAUUACAAUUUGCUACACUAGAACAAAAAAUUCUAGCCUUUCAAAAAGGAGUUUCCAAUGAAAAUGUACCUGAUUCGUCUGCCAGAACACCUCAGCCUCCUGAAAUGAAUCCUUUGUCAGCUGUUAACAUGUUUCAGAAACAAAAAUCAAAACCUGGCACGCCAGUUGGUAUUCCAAGAAGCAAAGAAAAGCAGGUACGUCCACUGGAUGGGUUGCUGCCAGCAUCUUCCCUGAAAGAAGGGAAUCUGGGCUCUGUGUCAGUCCGUUCCAAAUUGCCAGAUUCUCCAGCAUCAUCUUCUCAUCUUAAGCUCAAAUCUUCAAAAGGCAUCACAAAGAAACCACAGGCCCCUUCAAUCAAAGCAGUAGGUAAAAGCACUUCUUCACCAGCUUCAUCCAGAACCACACCUUGUGAAUCUCAGUCAUUGAGAAAACUUAUCCCAUCACACGAUACUCCUCAGGCCAAUCUUGUUAUGGCCCAGAAGCCCAGAGAUGUGCCUGAGUCUGCACUUGUGCCAAAUAAGCCUUCUGGAAAAACUGAACCAAAGCAUUUGAAACACACUCUGAAAUCUUCCAGGGAUAAUGCAGAGUCUCCUUCAGCGGCACAUUCAGAUUCAUCGUCAAAGCGUCCAAAGCCACCUAUGGCAAAUAUACAUGUAAGGCCUAAACCUUCCCCCUCUCUCCAUUCCCCUGCAAAAAUAACAAAAUCCAGUUCCAAAACUAUACCCACAAGUCUAGGAACGCGGUCUCAGCCCUCUGAUAGAGCCCCACAAGCUGGGGCAAUGCCAGCACACAAGCUUAAAUCAGCCUUAAAUUUAAACCAGCCACUGCCCGUAUCCUCAGUUGUACCUACAAAAACUGCACAGGAAUCAAAAGAUAAGAAUAUGGUUUCAGUUGCCAAAAAGCAGCCUCAGAAUAAAAGUCCAUCCCAGAAGAUAGGACCCAGCUCCUUGAAGUCCCCUGGCCGUACCCCACUGUCUCUCAUGAGUCUUCCCCAGUCCUCUGUCAAGACACAACCUGUAUCAAAGUCAGCACAGAUGGCCACUAAGAGCCAGUAUUCAGCAAAAGGGCCUCCAAAAAGUGGCAAAGCCCCAGCUGCAACCAGGAAACCACCCUCAUCUGGUAAGGAAGCAGUUAGUGGAGAUAAAAAACCUACCGCAAAGAAAAAGGAAGACGAUGACCAUUAUUUUGUUAUGACUGGAAGUAAGAAACCUAGAAAAUAAAUACAAAUGUAUCCUUUAAGAAAACAGGAAAAGAAGAGAGUGAAAUAUGUUAGCAUCACAUCUUAAAAGUUUCCUCCUGUGGGUGUUUGUCCAAAUAGGUUCAGAUAUUAGGCACAGGAAGGUGAGGGUUGGAGGUUGGGGAUGGGUAGAGUGUGCAUCAGAAUUCACAUUUCUGAAUUCGCCAGAGGUACCCUUUUGAGGUAGACAGUUGUAAAAUCAUCAAAAUGUUCUUAUUAAUAAUAGAUAUUGAUAUGAUUUUUAAUACAUAGCAUCUUUGUUAAUGUCUGCCCUUUAAGGGAAAUGUAGAGCUAAAUAACACUACUAGAGUUAUAACUAUAGUUGUUGAAUUUUUGAAUAUGUAUUAAAUAUGGAGGUUUUAUACUGGCUAAUAGCAACAGUGGUGCUCUUAAUCUUAAUAUUAGUUAUCGCAUUUUGAUAAAAUAGCAACGGUUUGGCACUUGUCUUACAAAAGGCACCUAAUUUAAUUUUUUGAUCAGGAUUACCUGAUUGAACAAUACUAAGUACCAAUGGCUGCUGCUGAUUAGCUUGACAUUACUCUAGGGUUGGUAGAAUUCUAUUACUUAACAUUUUAAGCUUUCCAAAUCAGAAGGAAUGGUUUUUAACUGGCUUAUAUUAAAGUUGUUAAUAUUUUAUUAUAUUUUUGGUAAAAAAAUUUGUAAUAUUUUUGGUAAAAAAAAAACCAUUAGAUAUUGACAUAUAAACUGAAAUUUGGUAAAAAAACAAAAAGAAACCCAAGACUUUUUAUAUGUUAUUUAUAAGAAUCUACACCUUAUAUUUUAGAUGGAUGCUGUGCAAUGUGAAAGGGGAAACUGAGUUAGUAACUUUUAGCAUAUUAAAAAUAUUUUUACUAUAGUUUCCUCUGAGUACAGAUAUGAAUUUUUACAUUAAAAUAAU